CAACGAUCCAACGCAACAAACACAGUCAUUUACCACGCUCCAAUGCAUAUAGAAAUCAAAAGACGGUGUUGGAGGUAGCCCGCCCUGCACACAGAAUAUUAGCAUAUUGCUUAAGAAUUUAAAGGACAAAUUACAGACAUAUCCAUACAAUUCCUCGCUCAGCGUUGAUUGCAAAUAUGAUAGAAGUGAGAAGAAAUAACAUCCCUGACGAAAAUAUAUUAUCACAUCUUUCUGAGAAAGAUUUACACUCCAAACAAGUGGGUAGCGGUUUCUUUCGUCGCCUCAGCUUUCGUAAGGGCAAACCUACCUUAAAUCACAUUCAGACAUCGGGAGAUAAGCACACGUCCGAUGUGAGCAAUGAAUCCAUAUCAAAUAAUGUGAAAAGUCCAAAUGCAAUAGUCAACUCAAUCACCCCGCCUCCUACUCUAUGGGAUAGCUCUUGCCGUCCCAGGCCAGUCAACGAUCCUCCUGGGUUGCGUAGGAAUCCAAUCAGGCGCAGUGCUUCAAUGCACAAUAAAUCUGCACCAAGCACGGGAAUGGCCAGGAAACGAGAGGAAUAUUGGUUGAAACAAUUGAAUGUUCCUUGCGGCGAUACAAUAGCCACAGGAUCUCUAGAGGAGCUGCGAAAGGCCGACCACAAUGCUAGCUAUCUGGCACCGCCCCCUUUGGGACAAACAAAUUCAGAUCUUGGUAGCUCACCACGUUCACAAACAUCAUCAAUCCCCAUCGAACGUAGACAAACAUCACCAGCUACCAUUCGGCAAACAUCACCAAACAGCGUUUCUAUUGUGGACGUUCAACAUCGCCCCCUAUUUGCGAGAGAAAGACCCUCCAGCUUCCAUGACAACCGCAGACACAGCUCAUGCAUGGAUAUCCUCAAUACACCUAAACGACGAUCAUUCUACGCAGGAUCAGGGAGAAUUUCUAGUGUGAACGACGAAUUCGCAACCAUUGCAGAGAGUGACACGGCAACGGUUGAAUCCCAGAAGACCGACAAUGUUGUGUUGCAUCAAUCAAAAUCGAAUAGUAGCUGCUCAUCUUCCAGUUCCUUGGCCAGCCACAACUGCACCUAUACUCCAGUAAUGUCUGGGGACAAUCCGGAAGCAACUGCGUUCAAGCCGCUGCGCUUUGGAGAUCGAUCGAUGUAUGAUGGACAAAUAGACCCGGCUACUAAAAUUUUCCAUGGUUGCGGAGUUAUUAUAACAUCGAAUCAAUAUUACUUUGGCGAGUGGUCGAGGGGAUCACCAUGCGGACUCGGAGUGUACGUGAACGUGGCGGAAAAAUAUAAAUACGAGGGUAAUUUCUCGAUGGGAUUUGCGGAGGGAUUUGGACGAUUUGUUUUUAUGGGGAGCGAACCUCAGUAUCAAUAUGGACUGUUCGAAGCAGGAUGCUUAAUCGAGAGCGACCCGUCGUGUAUACUAAAAUAUCGGUGUGCAGCGGCGGAUGCCGCGGAUGGUGCGCGUGAGCUGAUGGGUUCACUCUUAUAUGGUGUCUCGAUAGAAUGCCAAAACCAUGUGGUCGCACUAGCGAAAACCACUAAUCAGUGGAAAAUAGAAACUUUAAGGCAUAGAAAGCCGAUACCCCUAUUACAUAUACCGUUCGAUUCCGAAGGUAUAGCUGCGGUAAAUAUAGCUUACAAUACUGCUUGAACAGCAAAGGACGUGAAGACGUAAAGUAUGUGACUAAUAUUGAGUGUCAACGCAUCUGAUAGACGCUUAACAUUUAUUGCGUACCAAGGUUGUUAGCAACCAAAAAUAAAAAUAUAC